UCAAAUGGGGUCAAAAGAGCAUGGUUUCUGCGUAUGGAGGCUCCUGGACGUGAUUCUCGGUGGGUUUUUUUCAGAUUUGUUUUUCCCGCUUAAGCGCUGUUUGAAAUCUGGGUCUGUGGGCGUCUUCUCCUGAUUUUGCGACUUGCCACCGAGGGUUUGCUUUGCCCUGGGGCUUCCUCUCAGGGUUCGUCGGUGCUCUCCUUAGCGUUUUUGGGUGGGUGGAGUCGCUGUUAAGGGGCGGCGUUGCUGUCCUUAUUUCUGGAUCUGGGUAUUCUUUUUCCCAUUGUCCUCGAUGGGGAGGAAGAAGGUAAAGGGUGCGGCUAAGGAGACUGGUCCAUCAGUCGAAGAAGUCGUGAAGGCAUUCAGGAUUAAGCCAUCGGACAGUCUUCCGUUGGGGUUGAAUGCGGAUGGAAGCGAUAAAGCGAUUCAGGAGGUCCCGGUUAUGGGAGUGGGGAAAACGAAGGAAGUGCUUGCCCAGGUGGAAGUUCCAGAGCCAUGUCAUCAGAAGAUUGAUGCUUCAGGCCCAGAGGCGGUGGGUCGAAAACAGAGCAGUGUGGAGAAGGGUUCUCCAACUGAGCUUCAGGUUCAGCUAGCCCAGAUGCCGACUGUUCCCGUGUCUGACGCCCAGCUGGAAUCAGCCCCUGUUUUUGACUCCUCUGUUUUGGCUUCAGCCCCCGUUCUGGAAUCAUCCCCUGUUCUUGUCGAUUCAUCGGGUGCGAAGGCUGAUAGACCAAAAUUGGCCCCUUGGGUGGGGCUGUUUAAAGAUUAUAGGCGACUGGACCAGGGCCAUAUGCUGAAGAGGUAUGAUUCUGAUCAGAAAGAGGUUUCUAUUGAGGCGAAUGAAGUAUAUCCGAUUGAAGAUGCAUGGGGCUCUUGUCUGGUGGGCUACGUUGCGGGUAAGUUUCCGGGUAGAGGCGCCUUACUAAAGCUGUGUGAGAGUUGGAAUGUUACAUACCAGUAUACUCCUCACUCUAGUGGAUGGCUUGUAUUUAAAUUUACUAAUGAUGCGGAUAGGGAAAGGGUCCUUCAAGGAGGCCCGUAUUUUGUCUAUGGUAGACCACUUAUGCUGAAAAUUCUGCCGAACUGCUUUGAGUUCGAUGCGGACAGUUUUUGUUCGGUUCCGGUGUGGAUUACCCUACCUGGUUUACCAAUUCAGUGUUGGCACCCUGUGGCGCUAGGCAAAAUAGUGUCUAAGGUGGGUAAGCCGAUAACUACGGAUAAAAUGACAGCCACAUUAGAAAGAGUCUCCUUUGCCCGGGUGCUUGUGGAAGUGGAUGCUUCUAAAGACUUGAUACGGAAUGUUCGAAUUAAGCUACCAACUGGGAAGUUUCGGGACCAACUGGUUGCCUAUGAAUUUGAGCCCAAGUUUUGUGUGAAUUGCAGAGUUCUGGGCCAUGCUAAGGAUUCGUGCAAGGCGAAUGUGCAGGGUGCUGAGAGCAGAGAGAAGGAUUUAAUUCCUUCAGUUCCAGUGGAUGAUACGAGGGCUUCUGCUGGUAAGCGGGUGGUUCCUGAUAUUACUGAAGGGAGUGGAGGCAAGGAGAAGGGUAGAGCUCUUAAGGAGCCGUGCCGUCAGUUACAGAAGGGUGCUGUUAAUGUGGAGGCCGAGCCCAGCAAAGAGGUCCAAGGGGAGCAGGAAGCGGCCAGAGCGGAGUCUGUCCCUGUUGUGCCUGGAUUGGUGCAGAGGAUUAUGGAGGAGGCGUUCCAGGAACAAUCUAUGAAGAAAAGGGUGGUUGUUAAGAAGUCUACGGGGCUGACAACUAUGGAGGUGGCGCCUAAAGGUAUGUGUAGAUUUAAACCCAGAAUAGGGGCUAGGAGGAAGAAAAUUCAUGUCGAUAUGUGCAGAGUCCUUUUUCCUCGCUCUCGGAUUCGAAGAAAGAGCUCUUAGUCGUUCGUUGACUUUUCCAGCGGUGAUGUGGGUGGGGGAUCCAGAUUGAUUGGGGUUGUUAUUUGGGCUUCUGCACGUGGGCCUGAUUGGGAUUUAUUUUGGGCCUUCAUGUUUGGUUUUGCACAUGCUCGUGGGUCCGGCUCUAAUUGGACUCGGUGGUUGCGGUGUGGCGAAUUUUAACAUUUUUGCAAGUCAUUGUUGCGGUAUGUUUUUUAAUUCUUUGUGUCUCGCGGGUCAUUGGCUUUUGCGUUGGGUCUUGUCCCCAGUGAUAUCUUGUAC